AUGUCUCAGGUGUAUAAUAAUUCUCAUUCAGACACCCUUUUCCUUGGUGGUGAAAAGAUUAGUGGUGAUGACAUUAGAAAUCAAAAUGUCUUAGCUGCUGCUGCAGUGGCUAAUGUUGUUAAAUCUUCAUUGGGUCCAGUUGGAUUAGACAAAAUGCUUGUCGACGAUAUUGGUGAUUUCACAGUUACAAAUGAUGGUGCAACGAUUCUAUCACUACUAGACGUACAGCAUCCAGCGGGUAAAAUUCUAGUUGAAUUGGCCCAACAACAGGAUCGUGAAAUUGGUGAUGGUACCACAAGUGUUGUUAUUGUAGCUGCAGAAUUAUUAAGAAGAGCCAAUGAACUAGUAAAGAAUAAAAUUCAUCCUACCACAAUCAUCACAGGAUUUAGACUCGCAUUGAGAGAAGCUAUUAGGUUUAUUAAUGAGGUUCUUUCCAUUAGCGUUGACACUUUGGGUAAGAGUACUUUGGUUAAUAUUGCCAAGACUAGUAUGUCAUCCAAGAUUAUCGGUUCAGAAUCAGAGUUUUUCAGUAAUUUAGUGGUGGAUGCUCUAUUAGCCGUGAAAACUCAAAAUUCGAAAAAUGAAGUCAAAUAUCCAGUUAAGGCAGUUAAUAUUCUAAAGGCACAUGGUAAGAGUGCUAAAGAGUCUGUUUUAGUACAUGGAUAUGCACUAAACUGUACAGUCGCAUCUCAAGCAUGUCCCAAACGUAUCGGAGGUGGUAACGUUAAAAUUGCAUGUCUUGAUAUAAAUCUACAAAAGGCUCGUAUGGCAAUGGGUGUACAAAUCAAUAUUGAUGAUCCUGAACAAUUAGAACAAAUUCGUAAGCGUGAGGCAGGAAUCAUUUUAGAAAGAGUCAAGAAAAUUAUUGAUUCUGGCGCACAAGUUGUGUUAACUACAAAGGGUAUUGAUGAUUUGUGUUUGAAGGAGUUUGUCGAAGCUAAGAUAAUGGCAGUAAGGCGCUGUAAGAAGGAAGAUUUAAGAAGAAUUGCUCGUGCAACCGGUGCUACUUUGAUCAGUUCAAUGUCGAACUUGGAAGGUGAUGAAACUUUCGAAAGUAGCAGUUUAGGUACUUGUCAGGAAGUGGUGCAAUCUAAAUUUUCCGAUGAUGAAUGUAUUUUGAUUAAAGGUACCUCUAAGCACUCUUCAUCGUCGAUUGUGCUCCGUGGUCCUAACGAUUACUCGCUUGAUGAAAUGGAACGUUCUAUUCACGAUUCACUCUCAGUUGUCAAGAGAACCUUAGAAAGUGGUAAUGUGGUCCCAGGUGGUGGUUGUGUGGAAACCGCCUUGAACAUCUAUUUGGAUAAUUUUGCAACAACAGUGGGAUCUCGUGAACAAUUAGCAAUUGCUGAAUUUGCACAAGCUCUAACAGUUAUCCCAAAGACUCUAGCCGUCAAUGCUGCAAAGGACUCAAGCGAACUGAUCGCUAAACUAAGAGCUUAUCACGCUGCAAGUCAAAUGGCUAAACUAGAUGACCAUAAAAGACGUAAUUACAAAAAUUACGGUUUAGAUUUAAUCAAGGGUAAGAUAGUCGACGAAGUAUCAUCUGGUGUUCUAGAACCAACUAUAAGCAAAGUUAAAUCUUUGAAAUCUGCAUUGGAAGCAUGCGUCGCUAUCCUAAGAAUCGACACCAUGAUUGCAGUAGACCCAGAGCCACCUAAGGAGGAUCCUCACGGACACUGA